CAAAAGCUGGCAGGCUGACAAACGGGCAGCUUACAGGACGGACUCUCUGGCUACUGACCAUUUAGCUGUGGCAUACCCGGAUUGUGUGUGGGUGGGAAGUCGACAAUGAGCUCCGUGGCAGUUUUGACACAGGAGAGCUUCGCUGAACACCGCAGCGGCCUGGCUCAGCAGCAGGUGAAAGUUACAGCUUUAAACUCUGAAGAAGAGAAUGAUCCUCCAACCUACAAGGAAGCCUUCCCUCCGCUCCCUGAGAAAGCACCAUGUUUGGAAGCUGCCCAGGAACCUGCUGGGCCCUGGAGCAAAAUCCGACCAAUAAAGGCUUCUGUCAUCACUCAGGUGUUUCAUGUGCCACUGGAGGAGAGGAAAUACAAGGACAUGAAUCAGUUCGGAGAAGGAGAGCAGGCCAAGAUCUGCCUUGACAUCAUGCAGAAGACAGGAGCUCACCUGGAGCUGUCUCUCGCAAAGGACCAGGGCCUUUCGAUCAUGGUCUCUGGCAAGCUGGAAGCAGUCAUGAAGGCUCGGAAGGAGAUUGUUGCUCGGCUGCAGACUCAGGCUUCAGCGACAGUUGCCAUCCCCAAGGAGCACCACCGUUUUGUCAUUGGAAAGAAUGGCGAGAAGCUGCAGGAUCUGGAGCUCAAAACUGCAACCAAAAUCCAGAUACCCCGCCCAGAUGACCCCAGCAACCAGAUCAAGAUCACCGGCACUAAAGAAGGGAUUGAGAAGGCCCGACACGAGAUCCUGCUUAUCUCUGCCGAGCAGGAUAAGCGUGCCGUGGAGCGGCUAGAUGUGGAGAAAGUGUACCACCCCUUCAUUGCUGGCCCUUACAACAAGCUGGUGAGCGAGCUCAUGCAGGACACAGGGACGCGCAUCAACAUUCCUCCACCCAGCGUCAACAAGACAGAGAUAGUCUUCACAGGAGAAAAGGAGCAGCUAGCCCAGGCCGUGGCUCGUGUUAAGAAGAUCUAUGAGGAGAAGAAAAAGAAGACUACUACCAUUGCAGUGGAGGUGAAGAAGUCCCAGCACAAGUAUGUCAUCGGCCCCAAGGGGAAUUCCCUGCAGGAGAUCUUGGAGAAAACUGGAGUCUCUGUCGAGAUCCCACCCACUGACAGUAGCUCGGAGACGGUGAUACUGCGAGGCGAGCCUGAAAAGCUUGGGCAAGCAUUGACUGAAGUCUAUGCAAAGGCCAACAGUUUUACCGUCUCCUCGGUCUCUGCCCCCUCUUGGCUUCAUCGUUUCAUUAUUGGAAAGAAAGGACAAAACCUGGCCAAAAUAACUCAGCAGAUGCCAAAGGUUCACAUCGAAUUCACUGAAGGAGAGGAUAAAAUCACUUUGGAAGGACCUACAGAAGAUGUGAACGUGGCUCAGGAACAGAUUGAAGUCAUGGUCAAGGAUCUGAUCAACCGGAUGGAUUAUGCAGAAAUCAACGUUGACCACAAAUUCCACCGACACCUCAUUGGCAAGAAUGGAGCUAACAUUAACAGGAUUAAGGACCUCUACAAGGUGUCUGUGCGCAUUCCCCCGGACAAUGAGAAGAGCAACCUGAUCAGAAUUGAAGGAGACCCACAGGGGGUCCAACAGGCCAAGAAAGAGCUGCUGGAACUCGCUUCCCGUAUGGAAAAUGAACGCACCAAGGACCUAAUCAUUGAGCAGAAAUUCCACCGGACCAUCAUUGGGCAGAAGGGUGAGCGGAUCAGGGAAAUCCGGGAGAAAUUCCCAGAGGUUAUCAUCAACUUCCCAGACCCUGCACACAAGAGUGACAUCGUCCAACUUAGAGGUCCCAAAAACGAGGUGGAGAAGUGCACCAAGUACAUGCAAAAGAUGGUGGCAGACCUGGUUGAAAACAGCUUUUCUAUUUCUGUCCCCAUCUUCAAACAGUUCCACAAGAACAUCAUAGGAAAAGGAGGUGCCAACAUCAAGAAGAUCCGUGAAGAAAGCAACACCAAAAUUGAUCUCCCAGCAGAGAACAGCAACUCGGAGACAAUUGUUAUUACAGGCAAGAGAGCAAACUGUGAGGCUGCUCGCCACAGAAUUCUUGCCAUCCAGAAGGAGCUGGCCAACAUCACAGAGGUGGAGGUCUCUAUUCCUUCCAAACUGCACAAUUCCCUCAUUGGCGCCAAAGGCCGCUUCAUCCGCUCCAUCAUGGAGGAGUGUGGUGGAGUCCACAUCCACUUCCCCACUGAGGGCUCUGGCAGUGACACUGUGACCAUCAGGGGCCCAGCCCAGGAUGUGGAGAAAGCCAAGAAACAGCUGCUGCACCUGGCAGAGGAGAAGCAAACAAAGAGCUACACCGUGGACCUCCGUGCGAAGCCAGAGUACCACAAAUUCCUUAUUGGUAAGGGUGGUGGCAACAUCCGUAAGGUGCGUGACAACACUGGGGCCCGCAUCAUCUUCCCAACCUCUGAGGACAAAGAUCAGGAGCUGAUUACUAUCAUGGGAACUGAGGAGGCUGUCAAAGAGGCGCAGAAGGAGUUGGAGGCCCUCAUCAAGAACCUGGAUAAUGUGGUUGAAGACUCCAUGGUGGUUGACCCCAAGCACCACCGCCACUUUGUCAUCCGGAGAGGGCAAGUUCUGCGUGAGAUAGCAGAUGAGUAUGGUGGUGUGAUGGUCAGCUUCCCACGCUCUGGCACCCAAAGCGACAAAGUCACCCUCAAGGGAGCCAAGGACUGUGUGGAGGCAGCCAAGAAACGCAUCCAGGAGAUCAUCGAGGACCUGGAAGCUCAAGUGACAAUCGAAUGCACCAUCCCACAAAAGUUCCACCGCUCCAUUAUGGGCCCCAAAGGAUCCCGCAUCCAGCAGAUCACCCGGGACUAUGGUGUCCAGAUCAAAUUCCCCGACAGGGAGGAGAACCCAGCCCCUGUUACAGAGCCAGUUGUGCAGGAGAAUGGUGAGGAAGGUGGGGAAGGCAAGGAUGGGAAGGAUGCAGAUCCCAGCUCUCCAAAGAAGUGCGAUAUCAUCAUCAUCUCUGGCCGCAGGGAGAAGUGUGAGGCAGCCAAGGAGGCACUGCAGGCUCUGGUUCCUGUCACUAUUGAGGUGGAAGUUCCCUUUGAUCUUCACCGUUACAUCAUUGGCCAGAAAGGAAGUGGGAUCCGCAAAAUGAUGGAUGAGUUUGAAGUGAACAUCCAGGUCCCUGCUCCUGAGCUGCAGUCGGAUAUCAUCACCAUCACUGGGCUGGCUACGAACCUGGACCGUGCCAAGGCCGCCACGGUAUGUUCCCUGCUGUUCUACCUCACUCUGCUUCUCCUGUUCCAGGCCUUGCGAAGCUUCAAGCUGACAGUCACUGUGGAUCCCAAGUAUCACCCUAAAAUCAUUGGGCGGAAGGGAGCAGUGAUCACCCAGAUACGCACAGAGCAUGAGGUCAACAUCCAGUUCCCUGACAAGGAUGAUGAAAGCCAGGCCCAAGACCAGAUCACCAUCACUGGGUAUGAGAAGAAUGCUGAGGCUGCCCGGGAUGCCAUCAUGAAGAUUGUUGGCGAGCUGGAGCAGAUGGUCUCUGAGGAUGUGACUCUGGACCAUCGUGUUCACGCACGCAUCAUUGGUGCGCGUGGUAAAGCCAUCCGCAAAAUCAUGGAUGAGUUCAAGGUGGAUAUUCGCUUUCCCCAGAGUGGAGCUCCUGACCCCAACUGUGUGACUGUGACAGGACUCCCUGAGAACGUGGAAGAAGCUAUCGAUCACAUCCUGAACUUGGAGGAGGAAUAUCUUGCAGAUGUGGUGGACAACGAGGCAAUGCAGGUGUAUAUGAAGCCCUCUUCACAUGAAGAGUCCAAGGCCCCAUCCAAGGGUUUUGUGGUGAGAGAUGCCCCCUGGGCCACUGUCAACAAUGAAAAGGCCCCUGACAUGAGCAGUUCUGAAGACUUCCCCAGCUUUGGGGCUCAAGUGGCCCCCAAGACUCUUCCCUGGGGACCCAAACGAUAAUGACCUGGAAGCAGAAACAUCUCCUCCAGCCCGCUGACCUGACACUAACCUGCCACAAAUAUUCCUGUCUGAAAUCUGACCCAGCGGCUGGAGCACAAGUCAAUUGCCCCAAGAGGUCUCCUAAUGGUGUCUGGAGUGCUAGACCCCAUCCUGCUCCCCUCAGCUGUCACCAUGGCUAGGACCCACCCUCAUCUCUUGAUGGAUAUUCUUUCCUCCUUUGGAACAAGACUUCCACUCAGAUUCAAACACUAAAUGUGCGUGUUUUUGUUAGAAACGUCAUAAUUGACUCCAAGUGGCUAAGAUUUGCAGCUUCCCAAGCACUAGCAGAGCAAUCUGCUGUCUUGAGCAUGUCUUACUAGGCAUUCUCGCCCUCAUUAGGAGACCUCCCUUACUGUGGCUAGGAAUCUACUUCCUGUCUCAUGACCUCAGGAAAUAAAUUUCCUUGACUUUCUAAAGCCAAAAC